AUGCUUCACAACCGCUCGAUCAUACAAUCAUCGUCAUACGUAAGGCUUCUAAAUGUACAACGUUCAUCGUCAGUACCAUCAUCAUACACUGUGGGCAAAGUUCUAUUCUCGACUACCAGGACAACUUUGAACAAUAAUGGUGGUGGCGGUCGUACUCCGAUUCAAAUAUUUCGUGAUACUUUCAAGAAAGAAUGGGAAAAAUCUCAAGAAUUACAAGACAAUAUUAAAGCAUUACAUGAUGCAUCUGGCAAGCUAAGCGAGUCAGAAACUUUCAAAAUGGCUAAAGAUGCCUAUUUGAAAGCUCAUAAGGGUAGUACUAUUGUUUCAAAAACUUUGAAAAAGACCGGUGAAACUGUGGAAACCAUGGCUUCUAAAGCUUGGGAUUCAGAAAUUGGGAAAAAUACAAGGAUUGCUGCUAAGAAAACAGCUGAAACUAUAGAUAAGAGUUUUGAACCUGUGAGGAAAACUCAAAUUUAUAAAGAUGUCUCAGAAGUCAUUGAUGAUGGUGAUAGUUCAAGAUAUGGUGGGUUUAUCACUAAGGAAGAGAGAAAAUUGAAAAGAGAAAGAGAUCUGGCUUCAGGAAAGAGACAAAGAGCUGUGAAAAGUAAUGAUGAGGCAGGAACAGCAUUGGUAGCAACAAAUAUUGAAGCAAAAGAAUCAUUCGGUAAAAAAGUGGAAGAUUUUAAAGAAAAGACUGUUGUGGGUAAAACAAUGAAAACGGUUAAGAUGAAGUUAUGGGAUGAAAGUGAAAAUCCAUUAAUUGUUACAUUAAGAAAAAUAUCAAAUAAAAUUAGUGGGUUCUUUGAUGAAACUGAGUCUGCUAAAGUUUAUACCCAAUUUAAGUUGAUGGAUACUACUUUUACUAACGAUGGUUUCACCAGACAUUUAAGAGAUUAUAUAGUUCCAGAAAUCUUGGAAGCAUAUAUUAAAGGCGAUGAGAAGGUAUUGAAGAAAUGGUUUAGUGAAGCUCCUUUCAAUGUUUACGCUGCUCAACAAAAAGUCUUUAGAGAACAAGGAUUAUUCUCAGAUGGUCGUAUUCUAGAUAUUAGAGGUGUAGAGAUUGUUAGCGCCAAACUAUUGGCUCCACAAGAUAUACCGGUACUGGUUGUUGGCUGUAGAGCUCAAGAAAUCAACUUAUACAAAAAGGCAAAAUCAGGAGAAAUUGCUGCAGGUGAUGAGUCAAACAUUGUUAUGUCUUCAUAUGCCAUGGUUUUCACAAGAGAUCCAGAACAAAUAGAUGACGAUGAAACAGAAGGCUGGAAAAUCCUUGAAUUUGUCCGUGGUGGAUCCAGACCAUUCAAUUAG